AGUGUAACGUGACUUGAAGGGAAGACACACAAGUAUGCAAUAUGCGGGAUUUAGCAACAUCAUUGCGGUUGCAUGUUGUGCAAAGUUUGAAAUUGGUCGUAAGCAGAGAAUCAAAAAUAAAUACAGUGGGUAAGUAAGGCUUCCACUAAUGUACUGUAUUAUUUUUACUGUACGUGCUGCGGUUAUUGCACUGCAGACGUCAGCGUCACCGACUGAUGACGUCAAACAUGGGCUCCACAACAUUACAUUAUAAUAGCAGACCUGCAGGCAGAAAUUAACAAUGGGACAAACUUGCUGUGUAAAACACACUCAAAAGUUCAGAGUGCAGCAUUUAGGGAACCCUCCCCCGAUGCAACCCACACCAAGUAAAAGCCCAGCCUGCGAUGAAUAAUUCAUAUCCAGUGACUGUAGGGGGGAGUAUUCCGGGCUGGGGGAGUGACCAACCCGGGAUUUCCAAAAUGAAAAAACUCGAUAACGUCACCACAGAUGGAGGGAGGAGGAGGAGGACAGCUCCGCAAUAAAUAAUAGCCAGCCGUGAACAGACCGAAUUGAGCAGCAGCAGAAACGGCAGCAUGAGCCGGUCCGUGCACCAAGAGAGCCCUCCCAAAUAUCCCAACAAGAGGCAAGAACAGCGAGUAGGACCACCUGCUUCCGAGUUCGGGCAUGGUGGUGCAGGGUCAUCGCCGCAUAAAACAACCCGCAACAAACAGCAUCUUGAGGGGGUCCUGAAGAAAUAUACUAAUCUACUGCAGGGCUGGCAAAAUAGGUAUUUUGUUCUUGACCCCAAGAUUAGCCGUCUUGACUACUAUAGACAUGAACACAACAAAAGCCAGCGACCCCCAAGAGGUUCCCUGUCUCUACUUGGAGCACUGGUUGUCUCCUGCAGUGACUUUCCUUACAUGUUUGCUAUUCAGUCCCCAACUGGUGAAUCCUAUAAACUUAGAGCAUCAAAUGCAGAGGAGCAGGAGUUAUGGAUGACACAGUUACAGCUCUGUUCUCGACGCCACUCUGACAAUGGAGCUAAGGGGAUUACUGCGGCACAAGAGGAACAGAAGAUCCUGGUCAACUCCAAUGAAACUCUACCCCCAAGAGCUGGACCGCUCUCCUGUCUCAAUGAGGACUUACUCCUUUUAAAAGCUACUUCUGCAGCCACAUUGAGCUGCUUAGGUGAGUGUUUCACUUUGCUCCACCACAACGUGCGGGCCCACAACCAGAACCAAAACCACCAUUCGAUGAGUUUAAGCGAGGCAGCCCCUGCAGAGCGAGCCAAGUCCUGGAGUCAGCGCUGCAGCCCUAACGUGCACCAGAUGGAACCCGCUAGCCUCAAAUCAACUGGUCAAAGUCCAUUUCACCAUGUUAGUGGCAGCCAAAGUCCCAAACAUGGUAGCUACAGUAGGAGUCAAGAGAUGGACCACAACCACAUCCAGAGUCACACAGAUAGUUCGACUGGAUGGAUCAGAUCUCCUCAGAAGCAGAUGACAAAUGAUGCAUCAAAAGCGGUCACGCUCACUAACCAGUCCCAGCACCACGUUGAGGGAAAGCCCAACAGCCCAGAGAGCCUGGAUCCCAGUGCCGAGACCACAGACACAGAAGACAACGAUGAGGAGGACCUGGGAGUUCUCGAUGAGCAGCGAAGUAUAAUCCUCCAUCUGCUGUCCCAGCUCAAACUUGGAAUGGACCUCACUAAGGUUGUCCUCCCUACAUUCAUCCUAGAGAAGCGCUCUCUACUGGAGAUGUAUGCCAAUUUCAUGGCUCACCCUGACAUCUUCCUCUCUAUCACAACUGGAUCGACAUCAGAGGAGCGCAUCAUCCGCUUUGUUGAGUACUAUCUUACUGGCUUCCAUGAGGGCCGGAAGGGCGCGGUAGCCAAAAAGCCCUACAACCCCAUCCUGGGUGAAACCUUCCACUGUACUUGGUGUGUGCCUCGGGACUGUGUUCGAUCCCUUAGAGCCAGCAGCUGCACUGCUCCCAAAUCAGCAGUCACGACUUCAAACUCUUCACAGAGGGGGACAGAAAGUUGCAGUGGGGUUAAACCCGACAGUUAUCAGAUUCGCUUUGUGGCAGAGCAGGUGUCUCACCACCCGCCUGUAUCAGGCUUUUACUACGAGUGCAAGGAGAAGGGGAUGUGUGUGAAUACUCAUGUAUGGACCAAAAGCAAAUUCCUGGGAAUGUCUGUUGGAGUUUCAAUGGUUGGAGAAGGUGUACUGCAUCUGCUAGAGCAUGAUGAAGAAUAUGUGUUCACACUUCCUUGUGCCUACGCUCGCUCCAUUCUGGCCGUGCCUUGGGUGGAGCUGGGGGGAAAGGUUACAAUCAGUUGCGCCAAAACUGGGUACUCAGCCACAGUUACAUUCCACACCAAACCGUUCUAUGGAGGGAAAGUUCACCGAGUAACAGCUGAGGUCAAGCACAAUCAAACAGGAAACGUAGUGUGCAAAGUCCAAGGCGAGUGGAACGGCGUGCUGGAGUUUACCUACAGUAACGGAGAAAGUAAAGUGAUUGACACCUCCAAGCUGCCCGUCAUCAAAAAGAGGAUCAGACCAAUAGAGAAGCAGGAACAAAAUGAGUCACGGCGCCUUUGGCAGCAUGUAACAGCAUCACUGCGGGCAGGAAGGAUGGAUGAAGCCGCGGAACACAAACAGCGCCUUGAAGAGAGGCAACGGAGCGAGGACAAACAGAGAGCUGCCACCAAAACUCCUUGGAAACCCAAAUAUUUUAUCAAAGAGGGUGAAGAUUGGGUAUACCACAACCCUCUAUGGAAAGUUCAUUGAACAAAAGCCAUCUCAGAAAACAAGUGGAAUAAUCAAAGAAGAGGGUCUGCCAUCAAUCGCAAAAAGAGAAAUUGGACAGCAAAGCUUUCAGACAAAUUCCAUCUGAUUGUGAGGAUGAAAUGGUUCAGAGGUUGGCUGGAUGGACGGACGGACGGACGGACGGGUGCAUAGUUGUGUCUUUAAUGCUUUUGAGAUUACUGUACCAAUGUAAAUGAGUGAAAUGACACCAGAUGUGCGACCUUAAGUCUUUAUUCAAAUUAAUACAGUAAUGAAAACAGCACUGCAUAGUGUGCCAAAUGUUUUUAUGUCUACGUUCUUAGAAUUAAUAAGUAACCCAAACGUCUCGUUUGGUUCCACCAUGACCAUGACUGGUGGACUUAAUUUAAACUUUCCUCUGAGGAUACUUUUUCACAUUUGUAUAAAUGUUGGUUGUAAUAAAAACAACAACAAUACCAA